AUGGGAGUCAUCCCAGAGCAGGACGAGCUGAUGGAGGAGUUCGAGGUGGACGGGCAGGCCGCCGCCAGCACGGGUGGCACCGCCAACGGCGGCGGCGACAAGGGCAAGGGCAAGGGUAAGAAGGGCAAGGGCAAGAAGGGCAAGGGCCAGAAAAACCCCGAGGAGGCGCCCGAGGAGGGCAAGGCCGCAACGGUGCAGCCGAAGAAGCGGGCUAAGUACUCGAAGGCGAACGGCAAGGCCAAGGCCGUUAAGCCUGGGGAGAACGAGCGCGUCUGCCGGACGUGUGCAGAGGCAAAGCCAAAGACUUCCUUCGUUUCCCAAUGCAGCGAUUGCGAGGAUUGCCGGCUGCCCUUGAACAACCUCCGCAACAUGACAUUGAGGUUUAGCAGCGAGGAGGAUGUCACGCGGUUCAACGAGUACGUCGCGGACCCGGAUAACCGCCUCAAGCUCAUCGCGCAGUACAACUUGCGCUGCCCACCGAGCACAGAAAUUACGAACGGGCCGCGCGGCACCUUUCCCUUGAUGCAGUACCGCAAGGAGCUGCAGAUGGAGAAGUCUAUCAUCAAAGACGGGGUCUAUGAGAUGGUGUCGGAGAUCGCCUUCCAGCACUGGGCCGGCAAGCCCAAGAACGGCGGGCUCGGCCCCGCGGAGGCUAGCGCCAAGUGGAGGGAGAGGUACGACAAGCCUGGCGCGGUCACCGACCUGCUCGGCGAGAACCCGAAGUAUGCGCAGAGGGUGGCGAUCAAAGUCAAGGACUUGCUCGUGGACCGCCUGGCUAAACGCGAACUGGAGGCCGCAUCGUUCCUCGACAAGCAGGUCGCCAACGCGACCGAGGAGGACCAGAAGAAGGCGCUGAAUCGCUUGGAGAAUGCGCGGCUCGGCGAGGCAUCUGAGCUGGCUGGGCUAGGCAGUUCCAAGAUGUUGGAUGUGGCCAAGCAGUUCGCGGCCGCCUCCGGCGACCUUGCCGACGGGGGCUCUGGCUCGGAGCUGGCGGACAUGAAGCGGAAGGUCGGCGACGUCCGGACCACGAUGGCCGACUGCGACCAGGACGAGGAACCCUGA